AUGUCUGCAGAUCCCGACGGCGACUCUGAAAUGCUCUCUUCUUCUGGCUCAGCCUCUCCCACCGGCGCUCGCACGCCAACCUUCAACCCCAUAUCUGAGCUAUCGCCUCCUGGCUCCCAGACGGCAUCGCAUCACGGAGGCCUAGGCGAGCCGUCUACUAUCGGGUCGCCCACUGCUUCGUUCGACCAGCACGGCCGCGCGAACACGUCAAAUCCACAACAGCAGCAGCAGCAGCAACAGCCCAAAGAGCCAUUUGGGGCAUCGUGGAACAACCAGAGAGCGCAGGAGGAAUAUACUCGUGCGCUAGAGUCGGUUGUUGACAGGGAUUUUAGCCUUCAGGAAUUUGGGGACCCAUUCGACGAGUCAGAUCUGCUAGAAGAAUCCGUUGGAAAGCAUGGAGGAUGUGUCGAUGAUGAUGGUCGAUUCCCCGGCCAUCUCGCACCCACAAACACACACAUUCCUGUCAACACGGUCACAGAUCAAAUCAGCUUCACACCCACGGCUGCCGCCAAAAGAACUGUGCCCAGGGCCUGGGAGCGCGUCCCCUCGACAGCGUUUCUGUCGCGUCACAAGUCGCGCAAAAUCUGGAAACGGUUCAGGAAAAGCAUGGAGUCACUUCGAGGGCGCACAGCAGUCAGCAAAAUCGAGGAAAAGGAAUUCAAGAGCGAGAUCAACGCAUCGGCAAAUGCAGAUUACAGGCGCGUGGUGAAGCGACAGCGCGUGGAUGCCGACCAUGAGCAAGAUGCGCAAACGGAGCGGGGUCGUUCGUUUCUAGAGACCAAAUGGGAGUUUGAGAUUGGGAAAAGACGACGCAAAUUGGUCGUCCUCACGCAACAACAACAGGACGGGGAACAAUCAUUCGACAGCGAAGAAACGCCAAGACAGGUGGACGAACUAUUGGAAGAAUCGACACGCCUCACCUCGCCAGAAACAGAGCCUUAUGCAGCAGCGGGCGUUCUGAGUCAAGACUCUAAGGCCAUCCGUGACUUGGACACUUCUCGAGCGUUUGGCAAUGCUGUCAACCCCACUAUUGAAAUCGCGAAUAGCGAGGCAGCCGCAGAAAUUGCAGAGAUCGUCGCGAGACAGGAGCCCAAAUUAGUGCGGUCAGCUUUGAGAAUGAACUCUCUUGACGGCGAGGACGUUGCCUUGCUCAGCGAGUUUUUGUCGCGCGCUCAAGCCAAACGAGCUGCCAACGCAGCGAUGAUACCGACCAAGAAGGCAGAGGAAACGACCUCUCUGAACUCGCCGAUUGUGCGAUCACGGAGAGCGCUCGAGGAGCUCGACAAGAACUCUCCUUCACCACAAAAGAGUCAGCAGGUAUCGACUCCUACAAAGGGAAUAGAUAAAGCGGUAGAGUCACCAACUCCAAAAGCGCUAUCCAGCCACGAAGCAAAUGAAGACUCUGCUAGAGAGGAAUCCUCUCCGACUACACGCCGCCGCAGCACUCGCACGAAGCUGCCAAAAGCGCCUCCUCAGGCACACAGCCAGCGUCCGGCUGUUCCAAAUCAGAUCCCGGUUCGGCGCGCCAACGGAACAGAAUUUGUCUUUUUGCAGCGAACAGAGGCACAGGAACUGGCCCUUGUGACUCGGAAAAACACCCGUCGCAACAAAGGAAACGCCGUGCUGCCCAAGCAGUUCUUGCAUAACUGCAAAAAAGGCCGGAGUGAGGAUGAAGCUUCACCGCAGCAGUCCCAGGAGGAUGGGGAAUCCAAAGGACGAGCACCCCGUUCACCCUCUAGAUCCAAACAAGUGUGUUGGAGAGAUGAGGAACUGGUAGAAUAUGCGCCGGAGAGGCAGUUUGAGGCCCUUGAACUGCAGUCUCCCGAGAGAAAGACUGGCAAGUCUCGGACUCAUGCUUUGCCGGCGACACCCAGCAAGAAAGUACGCCGUGUCAAUAUGGCUCCUGCUCCGGCAAUCUCGAACAACCCUAUCAUCAAACCGUUGUCUGUUGGCACGCCUAUCCCGAAGCGCAAGAAGCUAACUCCAAAGGCACCGAGCACCGAUUCUGUGUCAAUAAAGCCAGCAGAACCAGCCGUGAUCAAGAGCAGUUCAGUGCCUAAGCUGGCCGUGCAAAAGGCUAGCGCUAUUCCCAAAAGCAGGAGUUUAUUGAAAGCGCCGACAUCAAUCACGUCUUCCUCUGCAGGGGCAACUCCGGUGGCUAAACGCUUACGAGCAAAGAAGAUUCAUGCGUAA